AUGUCCAACGUCUCACUUGUUGCUUGGGCUCUGCCCAAGCUGUCAAGCCUCCUGCCUUUAGACGAAGAAUCGUUAAAACAGAUAAUAACUUAUUCCGCCAGGCUGUCCAAGGAGGAAAGCGCAGAGCAUUUGAAGAACCUCUUGGGCGAUUCACCACCAGUCCUAGAAUUCAUCUCUACCUUCAAUUCACGACGAGCCGAUGCUGGGUCAUCUGCCCCUCAGUCUGGUGCAUCGACACCUCGGGCAACCCCAGAAGAUGUUGCCCGCCCGGAAAGAAAUCAGGCAAAGAAGAAUAAACGAACCAAGGCGCCUCUGCACAAUGCUGGGCCGGUGCGAAAGCCCGAGAAUUACGGGAACGUAUCAGGCGCAUACAAAAAGGCCGAUCAAGAAGAAGAUUACAUGGCCGCCUCAUCGACAAAGCUCACUCGGCCGGGGGGUGCCCUUUCAGAAGCGCUGUCGUUAUCAGCUAAACCGGCUGCUUCCUUGCAGCCCUCAACCACAGCCACAGACUCAGCAUAUGGUUCAUCUUCGGCAAAUUCGCGGAAUCCGUCUCCAGUCCGAAAGUCUAAUGUAAAGGCUCCUCCAUCGGCAGCAGGUCCAUUAAUAUCAGAUUACUUGCCAAAUGUGAGAUCAAAGACAAGCAAAUCCCAAAGGCCUGCUGGUUCGGGUUCUGGACAAUCUACGCCUGCCAAGGGUUCUAUGACAACAACGAAUAUUGCAGACCUGACUUCCGCAAUCGCAGCACUCGAAUUAUCAACGAAUCCUACACAUAUCAAAAAUAGACAGAAAUGCGACUGCAAUGCAUCGAUACAUCCGCUUUUCAGUCCGGCUCCGAAUUGCCUCAACUGCGGGAAAAUUAUUUGCUCACUCGAGGGACUUCAGCCAUGCUCUUUCUGUGGUGCGCAAUUGCUGUCAGCCCAGGAGAUUCAGAGCAUGAUCAAAGAGCUACGUGCGGAACGAGGGCAGGAAAAGAUGAGGGCACAUAAUGAAGGUGUUCACCACGCCGGUAUGUUUGACUUAGGAGGUGCUCCUAGUAAACUAGACGCAGCUGUUGCCCACCGGAAUAAAUUGCUUGCUUUCCAGGCACAAAAUGCCCAGCGUACGCGUGUUGUGGAUGAAGCAGCAGACUUUGAAACUCCUAAUAUUGGAUCCACGCAAUGGAUGAGCCCGGCACAACGGGCACUGGCGCUCAAGAAGCAACAAAAGAUUCUACGUGAAAUGGAAGAAAAAGCGAAACCGGAGUGGGAGAAAAAGCAAACGGUUAUCAGCUUAGAUAUCAAAGGCGGACGGGUCGUUCGCACCUAUCAGGCUGCUCCAUCGGCUUCUGUUUCUAGUACCGUCGAGGACGAGGAGCUUGACGAGACGGCGGGCGCCAGCACAAUGGAUACUGGUAACGGAGGCGUAGCAUUUAGUAAAAAUCCUCUACUUGCAAGCGGUGGUUUGCUACGUCCUAUUUGGAAAGGUCCGGCCAAUGGUGAAGCUGGGGCGAAAGAGUCCGGUAAAGAAAGCAGGCGCAUGUGGCGCCGAGUACAAGAUGACAAUGAUGAUAAUGAACAAUGGAUUCUCGAUGGCGGUGCACACGGCUAUAGCAAUGAUAGCGGAGCGUGA